AUGCCGAUCCAAUUUUCCGGCAACAAGAGGAGUCCUGGUUUUCGCAGAGGCACGCCCUGUCUUGCCAGCAGCCGCCAAGAACACCAUGCCAUUGUCGUCCACCUUGGGGAAGCGUCCUCCAGACGAGUACAUGCUCCGGAUAUAGUGGUCGAUACAAGCCGGAGCCUCUUUCUUGCUCGCACUCAUCGUCGUCCUUGGAUUGCGAUGAAUACAGCUUCCUCGGAUUGCGAUGAAAGCGGCUAUAUCCUCGGCUGCGGUGAGUACCUCUACCUCUACGGCUACUAUUAUGGAUGGGAUGACCUCGGUUUUAUUGUCUUGCUUCACUAUCUGGCUCAAUCCUCUGGAUGCAUGCUCUGUCGGUCUUUCGAAAACAACACGAAAACAACAAGACGAGAGACUGAUCGAGCUGACACAGAGAUGCGAAGCACGACUGAACCCGACUGA